AUGGAUAGUGCUAGAAAAAAUGCAUCGAAAAGGGCAGCUUUAGUUCAAAAAUUAGAUAUGCUUGAUAGGUCAAUUCUACAUAACAGUUAUCAUCAAGAUCUAUAAAAGACAUAUUUAAAAAAAAGCACUGAAAAGGAAUAAAAAGGAAUAUAAAUAGAAUUAGUUUAAGAGCAGGAUGAAUUGAGUAUAGCUCAGAGGAGAGUGAAUUAAUUAGUCAAUUUGAGUAGAUAACUUGAUGAUCAAAUUCAGAAGAAUGAUUUAUUGCAAUAAUAAAAAGUGAUGGAGGAUAUGAAUUCAAUUUUGAAUUGCUCGCUCGAUCACUUUAUUAAUCAAUAGGCUGAUAGAAAUUAAAUAUUAAAUCGAUUAUAAAGUGAUUUUAAUGCAAAUCACUAAAGUAUGUAAAUAUUGGAGGGAGAAUAUUUGAUUGCAGAAUUCAAAAAAAUUAAUUAGAUGGAUUAAUAAAUCUAUCAAUAAUAAUCAUAAGAAUAUGCAGAUCUCUAUGAAGUCUAAUAUUAAAUGCAGGAAGAAUUGAAAGUCAUAAAUGGAGAACUUGAAAAAUAUUAAAAGUUGAAUCAGACAAACAACCUGUAAAACUAUGUGCUUCAAGGUUAAGCAAAAAACAAGCAGUUUAGUUUGCAAUUGAUUUAGGAGCAAUAUUAUUGCCAAAAAAAAAAGAUUAGAUCAUUCUGCAUAUUUUACAACAAAACUAAUGAAUAUGAUUAAACAUAUCAACCGUAUUUUAAAAUAAAGAAUCAAAAACAACUUACAUUCGAAAGCAAUGACCAAUUGAAUAAUGAAAAUACUUCGAUUAACUUAUGGUCAAGUUCUAAGCAAAAGGUGAAGAAGAUUAAUCCCUAUCGUUGUCAAUUCUAUAAAUUUGAUCAGAUCUUAUCGAGAAAGGAGAAUUCAAGAUUGAGUUAAUAUGAAUAACUAUUUAAUCAAUUAGAGUUGUUCAUUAAGGGAACACUCUACAAAUAGAUCGAUUUAAUUCUAAAGAGUUAUGCUUUUAAUAGUCACGAAUAUCAUUUGAUUUAUAAUCAAGAUUUAAAUGAAAAUGUAGAAAAACUUAGAAAAUUAUGUGAAAAAGAAAAGCCAGAUACCAGCAAUAAAUUGAUUGUAUUGCUUUGUGAUAAAAAUAGAGGAUUAGUAGUAAGUUUAGUUAAUGAUAUCGUUAAAAUACUUUCACAUUUUAACAAUUAAUUGAUUGAAGUAAAUAGCUUGAUAUUAACACUAACCAAAUUUUAGAUUAAAGACUAAGUUAGUGAAGAUAUUUUAGAAUGUAAUGCUUAAAAUAUCGAAAUGAUGCUUGAUUGCUUAAGAAGUAAGGAAAUAUUCAAAGCUGGGUAAUUCCACUUAAAAAUUGAGAUCAACUUAAAUAAUAAUGUGAAAAGAGUAUUGCACAUUUUGAUGUUAGCUCCACUCUUAAUAGAGAACAAUGAAUUGUUUUGUAAGUAAUUCAAGAGCAUCUUUAAACGAGAAAAAGCAUUUAAGGAAUAAAUAGGUUCUAGAAUUGAAGGCAUCGUUAAAAACAUUGACAAAAUUAUAAUUAUAACACAAAUACCAGAAAUGAUUCGUACUAAAGAUAAUUCAGUAAAGAAGAUCUCCAUAGUUUAAAAUAUAAUCAACUUUUAAUCAUUGUUAGUACUUAAACAAGAAAAUUGA